UUGGGUUUCAAUAUAUAUACAAACCCUAGGCUUCUCUUCUCAUUCUCUUCAAUCAAUCGAUCCAAUUUUUCUCGAAAAAAGCAUACAAGCAAACGGCCUGAUAAUGGGUUCCAGAUCAAAGAUCGACAAUCCCCACACUGGCGAUGGAGCCAGCCCCGGGAAGAUUUUUAUUGGAGGAUUGGCGAAAGACACCACUUAUGCUACAUUUAACAAGCACUUUGGGAAAUAUGGGGAGAUUACUGAUUCUGUUAUUAUGAAGGAUCGGUACACUGGUCAACCUAGGGGUUUUGGAUUUAUAACCUAUGCUGAUCCUUCUGUUGUUGACAAGGUUAUUGAAGACACUCAUGUGAUUAAUGGAAAACAGGUUGAGAUUAAAAGGACUAUUCCUAAAGGUUCUGGGCAGUCAAAGGAUUUUAAAACAAAGAAGAUUUUUGUUGGUGGGAUUCCAUCCUCUGUGACUGAAGAUGAGUUUCAGAAUUUUUUUUCCAAAUAUGGGAAAGUAGUUGAACACCAGAUUAUACGUGAUCAUGAAACCAACCGUUCACGUGGAUUUGGAUUUAUAAUUUUUGACAGUGAAGAAGUUGUUGAUGAAAUGUUAUCCAACGGAAAUAUGAUUGAUAUGGCUGGUACCCAGGUGGAGAUCAAGAAAGCUGAACCAAAGAAAGCCUCAAACCCACCAUCUGCUCCUUCAUACGGUAGCAAUACUAGGGGUCGUUCUUUCAAUAGUGAUAAUUAUGGUGGGUUCAAUGGUCCGUAUGGGGGGUUUGAUGGCGGGUUUGGGCCUGGCCCUUAUAGGACACCUGGCCUGUCUAGUAGACUCAGUAGUGCAUAUGGCUAUGGUAGUGGUGGUGGGGACUUUGGUGGUGGCUAUGGAAAUUUUGGAGGGACUAGCCUAGGAGGUUACAGAGCUGAAGCCUCCCUUGGUUAUUCUGGUCGCUAUCCGCCUUAUGGAGGUGGUUUCGGUGGGGGUUAUGGUGCUAGUGGCUUAGGAGGAUAUGGUCGAGGAGGUGAGGGAUAUGGAAAUUAUGGAGCUUCUGGUUAUACCAGUGCUUAUGAAUCUGGUCCAGGUACUAGUUAUGGAGGAGCAGGUGGGCUGUAUGGAAGGGGAGGCUAUACUGGCAGUAGUCGUUACCAUCCUUAUGCAAGGUAGAAAGAGCACUUUCAUGCAGUUGUUCCUUAAGCUUUGCCUAGAAGUUUCAAACAGGGUACUCUAGUUUAAAGCCUUGUGAAUGGAUAGGCACUUUCCACAUGUACUAGAAGUCUACUAUCACAUCAAGUGAGGAAAGCUUUUAAGGAUCAGAAGACCUAUUUAAUUAGACUAUUUCUUCUAUUGUAUGGUGGCUAGCAGACUUUAGUUUUUGCUUCACUUAAGUUAUUGGUUGUCUCGGUUACUUAUUGUAGUUGUUUCAGAUUGUGUUAUAGACUAUAGCAUCUUGGUUCGGAGUA